CUUUCCCCCACUCUCCAACAAAGCUCCCCAUCGUCACCUGACGUUGGACCGACGAUUUGUUACGUCCCUUUGACCCUCUUACAUCCCCCACGUUUCGACCCUCCGCUACCAUGUCAGCAGAGCGCAGACUAAGCUCCAUCCAAGGACACAUGGAGGGCUCAGGCGCAGCCGAAGUCUGGAAGCAGGUGCCGCAAGCACCCCCGGAUGCUAUCUUCAAGCUUACAGCUGCUUUCAAGGCUGAUACAUACUCGAAAAAGGUCAACCUCGGCGUGGGAGCAUACAGGGACAACAAUGGCAAGCCAUGGGUUCUCCCUUCCGUCAAGAUGGCCCAAUCGGCUCUCAUUGCUGAUGAGACUGUGGACCACGAAUAUCUCAACAUCACCGGCCUGCCCGAAUUCACUACUGCAGCGGCACAAUUGAUCAUCGGUAAGGGCAACCCUGCCUUGGCCGAGGGCCGCGUCGCUUCAGUCCAGACCAUCAGCGGAACCGGAGCAAAUCACCUGGGUGCCGUCUUCCUGAGCAAGUUUUACGACUAUGCGACUCUCGGCGGUGGAAAGAGGCAGAUCUUUAUCAGCAAUCCCACCUGGGCCAACCACAAGGCCAUUUUCAACAGCUGUGGCAUCACUCCCGUCGACUACCCAUGGUACGACGCUAAGACGGUGGGCCUUGACUUCGAUGGCCUCACGUCGACGCUCAAGUCGGCGCCCAACGGCUCCGUUUUCUUGCUUCAUGCCUGUGCCCACAACCCAACAGGUGUCGACCCAACUAAGGAGCAGUGGCACGCCAUCGCAGACCUGUUCCAGUCCAAGGGCCACUUUGCCUUCUUCGACUGCGCCUACCAGGGCUUCGCCUCGGGCAACCUCGACGAGGACGCCUACUCUGUGCGGCACUUCAUCGAGCGCCGCUCCAUCCCCGUCCUCAUCUGCCAGAGCUUUGCCAAGAAUGCCGGUUUGUAUGGCGAGCGAGUCGGAGCGCUCCACAUCGUCAGCGCGACCAAGGAGCAGAACAAUGCCGUGCUGAGCCAGCUCAGCGUCAUUCAAAGAAGCGAGAUCAGCAACCCACCCGCAUUCGGUGCAAGGGUCGUGACGAUGAUCCUCAACGACGAAAAGCUCUGGGCCCAAUGGCAAAAGGAUGUCAGGGAAAUGGCUGACCGAAUCAUUGACAUGCGCAAGCGGCUCCACCACCUUCUGACCAAUCAAUUCAAGACGCCAGCUCCUGGUGGCGACUGGGACCAUAUUCUCAAGCAAAUCGGGAUGUUCUCGUUCCUCGGUCUUAGCGAGAAGCAGUGCGCAAAGAUCGUCAACGACGGACACAUCUACAUGACGAGCAACUCGCGCAUUUCCAUGGCCGGUCUCAAUACGAGCAACGUUGAAUACGUCGCCAGCUGGAUAGACAAGGCCUCGCGCGAGGCGUAAAAAGCUUGCGCUGCUAGACUCUCCCCUGUAUCUGUCAAUCAUCUUUGUGACUACGCAUGAUCGCAGCCCUCUUCCGCAGAUCACAAUUUCGCCUUCAGUGUUUGGAGGGACAAUGAAGCCUCUUCUGCGUGCCUAUUGCACUCUAUUGUGCCACAGCCCUUGCCCGGGUUUGCUGCAUGCGGUCGCUCGGAGCCUUCGGCGAGAAAUAGCACGGUCAGCGGCCAGGGCGGAAAGACCUGAGAACAAGAAGGAGU